AUGGAAGGCUUUUUCCAUGCAGUAUUUUUUCUCAUCAUUCUACUAUAUGUGAUCUUCACCACCUGGUGCACCGCCACUGCCGCUGCCGGGAUCAAAGAAGCUGCAUCCGACCGCGCUGCUCUCCUCUCCUUCAAGUCCCUAGUCGAUGACGCUCCGUUCGGAGCGCUCUCCUCGUGGAACAACGGCUCUCUCCACUACUGCAGGUGGCGUGGUGUCUCCUGCAGCCGCCGCCAUCCCGACCGGGUCAUGGCCCUCAACCUCACAUCUCUCAGCCUAGCCGGUUUCGUAUCGCCCGCCGUAGCCAACCUCACAUUCCUCCGGACGAUGGACCUGUCCGACAACAAGCUAGGCGGGCACAUCCCGGAGGAGUUAGGAAGCCUACACCGGCUGCGAUAUCUCAACCUGAGUGUGAAUUCUCUUCGCAGAACGAUCCCGUCUUCGCUUGGCAAUUGCUCUAAUCUUCAACAACUCAUCUUGGCAGAUAAUAAGCUCAACGGUAACAAUAGCUUAUCAGGAGCCAUUCCUCCAUCCUUCGUUAGCCUUCUCUCCUUGCAGAUACUUGAAAUCCAAGAUGCUAGUCUCACAGGAACCAUCUCGUCCACUCUCGCGAACCUCUCCUCUUUGAACAUGCUUUUGCUACAAGGAAACAACCUUCAUGGUGAAAUUCCUCACUUUGCAGAACUUCCAUUCCUCUCUUACCUGGACUGCUCUAUUAAUUAUCUCUUCCGGGAGAUCCCAAUCUCGCUCGGACGACUUUCAUCUCUCGAAUAUCUCGUUCUCGGGAUGAACAACUUAACAGGGGACAUACCGUCAUCCCUUUACAAUCUAUCAUCCCUGAAGGCCUUAGAUCUCUUUUAUAACCAGCUCGAGGGAACUCUACCCUCCAAUAUGGGAAAUGCUCUUCCGAACCUUCAAGUCCUUCUUAUGUAUGAUAAUCAGCUCGGGGGGCGAAUUCCAGCAUCCUUGUCCAAUGCUUCUGAGCUCAACGACCUUGAGCUAUCGUUCAAUGCAUUCCACGGCACGAUACCGCCGAGCCUUGGAGCCUUGCAGAGUCUUUUGUGGCUUGACCUGCACAGCAAUCGACUUGAAGCCAGGAAGCGUAGUGAUUGGAGCUUCAUUACGGCACUCACCAACUGCACCAGUCUCCUAGUAUUGGAUCUAAGAAACAAUCUACUUCAAGGCAUGAUGCCCAAAUCACUAGUCAAUCUUUCCACUAGUCUUUAUAUUUUGGGACUCACCAACAACCACAUAUCAGGAAUCAUACCUAGUGAGAUUGAGAAUUUCAUCAAUCUUACUGUUCUUGACAUGAGUGUUAACGAUCUUCGAGGCACCAUUCCGAUAGAAAUCAGUCAUCUUUGGCAAUUACAGUACUUGGAUCUGUCGAACAACAUGCUCUCGGGCGAAAUUCCACCCAUUUUGGGCAACCUAACACGAAUGGACCUGCUCUAUCUUGGCAGCAAUGAAUUUGAAGGAGCCAUUCCGCCGACAUUAAGCAACAUGUUAGUGCUAGAGUCGUUAAAUCUAUCAAAUAAUAGGCUAAGCGGUAGCAUUCCACAAGAAGUUUUGACCCUUUCAUCGCUCACGAACUUCCUUGACUUGUCGCAUAAUUUACUGAACGGUUCAUUACCGUUGGAAAUCGGCAACUUGAUAAAUAUCGGGGCGCUUGAUCUCUCAAAUAACAGGCUCUCUGGUGAGAUUCCAAACACCAUCGGUAAAUGCGCCAUCUUGGAAAUUCUUCAUUUAGAGAAUAACUUACUUCAAGGGUCCAUUCCUCCCUCCAUCAGCAAUUUAAGAGGGCUUAAGGAGUUUGAUCUCUCAAAAAACUUCUACUCGGGCCAAAUACCUGCAUUCCUUGAUGAGCUCCCAGAUCUACAAUACUUGAAUCUCUCCUUCAACAGUUUCGAGGGUCGAGUGCCGAUGAAAGGGGUUUUUAAGAAUGCGAGCGAAGUCUCACUUAUCGGAAACCCUAAACUCUGUGGUGGAAUUCCAGAAUUGCACUUGCCGAAAUGCACUUCAGAUGCCUUUGCAGCAAAACAUAACUCUGAUUAUAAACUCAAGGGCUACAAAUGGGUUCUCCUCGGAUAA